CCUAAGCGCUGUUCUGCUGUGUUUUGGUUCAUUCCCAUUAGUUCUCUCCGAGCCGCACAGCUGAUUUUGUUCAUCUGCAGGUGGUAAAAGGUUUGCGGUGCAUGGAUGGCUGAUGGACAGGUGUCUGGACCAAUCGCAACACAAUGCUGGCACGGAAUCGCUUCAUCCUGCUGCUGGUGGUUGGCUUGGUGCUAGCUGUGCUAAGCUUCAGCAUUCAGUACUUGCAACCAAUACCAACCAGUCCGCUUGCAGAAGUUGGGACACUCGGUAAAAACAGGAAAAGGGGAAACCCAGUGGUCCAUACAGAGCCUCCAGAACUUGACCCGAUCAGUGAUGCUUACCGAUACUGCAACCUGCCAAAUCACACAGAACACACACACGAGGGUCACAGUCUGGCAGACUACAAGCUGCUCUUUGUACAGGUGAUGAUUCGCCAUGGCGACCGUUACCCGCUCUACUCCAUACCUCAGACCAAGAGACCAGCCAUCGACUGCACGCUGUCACCUCACAGAAAACCCUCUCACCCUCUGCUGGCCUCCUUCAUCAGUCACAUGACCCAGGGUGGGCGUGGCCACUGGGAUGCAUCACUGAGCUCACUGGCCAGAGUACCCAAUCAUAGCACCUGUGAGCUAGGCGAGCUCACACAGACAGGUGUGGUUCAGCAUUUAAAAAAUGGCGCACUCCUGCACCAAACUUACCUCAAGCACCACAAGCUGCUUCCUCCUGAUUGGUCAUCACAGCAUCUAUGGGUGGAGACUACUGCUAAGAGCCGCACCCUACAGAGCGGCUUGGCGCUGCUCUAUGGUUUUCUGCCGAAUUUUGAUUGGUCAAAAGUAUUGGUGCGGCAUCAGAGGAGCACUAUGUUCUGUGGCUCACUGUGUGAGUGUCCAGCACGGAACAUCUUUCUGGAUGAGGAGCAGCGUCGUCAAUACCGUCUUCGCACCUCUAAUGCUGAACUUGAGCGCACUUAUGUCGCCAUGGCAAAGACUCUGGGCGUGGCCACGCGUACAAUGCGGGCAGCCAAUCCUAUCGACGCGCUGCUGUGCCACUUUUGCCAUGGCCUCUCAUUUCCCUGUGCCAGCCCACAUCCAUAUCCUUCCUCCGAAAAUGGGGCUUGUCUAACAUUGCAACAAUUUGCUGUGAUUCGCCAGCAGCAGAGAGAUGACGAGCGGGAGCGUAAGGUGGCAGGGAUUUACCGCCGUUUUGCUGUGCUUGCAGCACAUCCUUUCCUGAACCAGACAGCGUUACGCAUGGAGAAAGCUGCCCAUGGCAACGCAGAGCCUGCCUUUGCACUGGCCUCUGCCCAUGACAUCACCAUGGCACCAGUGCUAAGUGCCCUUGGCCUGGAGGGGGCAGGGUUUCCACGUUUCGCUGCUCGUUUGGUAUUUGAGCUGUGGAAGCGUCCAGAUGCAAAGGGAACACGAGGAGGUGUAGCGAACGCUUAUUUGCGUGUGCUCUAUAAUGGAGAGGACUUGACCUUUGAAACUGCCUUCUGCCAUGACCAUGACCGCCACUCCACUCAGCCGUUGUGUCCUCUGGGUAAUUUCUUGUCCUUUGUAAGAAGGGACAUGUUUAAUAUUGUGAACGCUACCAGCUACCAUCAAGCCUGCCAUAAAAACUUUUCAUAGGGAGACAGCUGAAGAGACAGAUAGGAAUAAUAAUAUUUUUGGGCUUUUAUCUGAUAGUGGUUUCUCUACUUAGUAGUUUCUUUUUUUUUUUCUUUUGAUUUAAUCGAACACUUAAUGCUGUACUAAACAUGUGUACUAGAGCAUUUUAAAUUGGUCUCACAAGUGACUUGGGCAUCCGUGUCUUUUGCACAUUCGUAUCUUCAACAAUUCCUCUCAACAAAAAGUCUUAAAGCUUUUACACACCAACAUUUUUUUUUUUAAAUUAACAUAUGUAUGUCUACAAUCUUAGACAACUCCUUUCCCUUUAGAAUCAUUUGAUUUGUCCCUCUGGUGGUUAGAGUCUCUAAGAUCUGUAGCUCUCUGAAAAGAUUUUAUCAGGAACCUAUCAACACAACAGGUUGGUUGUAAAUGGUUGUGAAAGUGAGCUGGUACAUAUUUAACACUUUUUGUGUAACACUUUUUGUGUACAAUCCUUUGGUUUACAUGCAUACAAAAGUCCACUUAUAUGAACUAGACAGUAACUGUAGACUAUAAUAUAUAUAUAUACAGUAGGAACAAUAUGAUAAGAAGGACUUUUAUUACAAAACCUUUUUACUUCAUUUUCACAGGUUCUCUUCACUUUAUUUCUUAAACUUUUUUUAAACUUAUCUAGUGAACAUGAUCAAGUGAUUCUGAGCUUUUCCGAGAAGAAAAUGUUUGAAACCUGGAUAGCUUCGUCCUGAAUAAUAGCAAUAGUGUGUGUGCAGCAUAUCAUUAUAUUGUAUAGAAACAUUAACUGCCUUGUGUUUACACACCAAAUCAGAUUUGUUCUUUGAAGUAUUUUGAUAUAAUGGCAACCCGAUCAGUCUAAAAAAAGGAAAUCUCUAAUUAUAUUCAGGCCAUUUGUAUACUGUUGUUGUUUACAACAUUGACAAGGAACACGCACCAAGCCUGUCCAAUUUUGCACAUUAUUUUAGUCCUGUUCUAUGAAUCCACAUAUCUGUAGUUAAGAAUACCAAAACAACAAAACAUCCGAGCGAGUGCAAGUUAAAGCUAGCACUGAUGUAAAGCAAUAAAUCACCCCGAACCUAUAAUUAGGGUUAGUCAAGAUGGUUUUCAUCGAUACCUUAGAUUUAACUGACUUGUGUUAAAAAAAUCAUCUUGUUUGAGUAAAAUAAUAAAACCAGACUUGAACGUUCUUUGGGUGUAGAUGAGACGGUGAACUGAGGAAGUACUGGACGCUAGCACUUUGAUUUAGCGUGCGUCUGAGUUGGAACGAACACAAUGAGGUUUGAUAUGGAGCCUGUCAGCUUUUUAUUUAAAAGCAUUUCAACAACACUUGCAAAUCAACCACUGAUUACCAGCACAGUCCUGAGAACAAUCACACUGAUUCGUACAUAAGAAGGAUUUUGAUGAUAAACGUUUAUCACGUUAUGUCUGCAGACUUGUUUUUGUACGACGGACGCUUUUUAAAAGUUUUGUAAAGUUUGGAGAUUUUGGCGCACACCGCCACUUUAUUCCCAUCUUCUUGCAGUGAGCAAGAUUUUUAAAUACGCUGCAAUUCAUGGUUAUAGAUAUGUGUUUGACUAAUUGAAAAGUUAUUUUCAUACAUUUUAGCGUGGAACGAUGACGUAUACGUUUUUGUUUUUGAGGAAAAACAGGAGCGUUAAAAGUCUGUUCAGGGGAAUGUUGAUGGGUUUUGUAUUGUGAUUUGUUAUUUUUAGGAUUAAUAUGAUCAUAUUCAAGCACAUUCCUUAAUAUCGAACCACAUUUUACAAUAAAGUCACAUUGUAAAUGGA